AUGAAUAAUCAUGAUAUAUCUAUACCAAAAUCAUGGUCUUUAUUCUUUCAAAGAUUAACCAAAAUAUACUUUCAAAUUAAUACUCAUUUAACUUUCUUAUCAUCACAUUCAAGAACUGUUAUACCAUCAAUUGAUUUGAUUCAAAAAUUAAAUAAUUCAAUAACCAUUAAUGAUCUUACAAUUAUUAAGUUGUUAUUCCCAAAUAAUGAAAUCUUCUUUGAUUAUGUUGAUGAGAAUCAAAUUAUGUUAAGUUUUAUUGAAGAUGUUAAACUGGAUUAUGAAAAAGGUUAUCAUCAAACUUCAAUUGUUGAUAGACAAAAUUAUGAUGAUGAUCCCGAAACCCUCCAAUCUAAACAGAUACUAAUAUUUGAUUUUCAAGAUGCUAAAUUACAUGGAAUUGGAUUGGCUAGAAAAGGAGGUGGAAGAAAACGGAUUAAGAAAGAAACCACCCGUAGCAAUCCCGAUGAUUAUGAUCAAGGACAAAGACGUGAUUUCUUUCUUUCGAAUGCCGCAUAUCAUUUAACUCCAUUGAAUAAACAACAACUUAUGAAUUUGAUCCAAUCGAGAAAUGCCAAGUUCCUUCAAUUGAUUACCGAAUAUCUUCUAAAGUAUACUAGCAAAAACGGUGAAGUUGAUUAUGACAAAGCCGAAGUGGACUUAAUAGAUCAAUCUGAGCUAGCGCUCCCAAAGCCAGCUGAUUUAAAGGAUAUAGUUCAAGUAUUGAAUGACAAAGAAGAACAUCAAGCGGUAGACCCAACACAUGAAGAAUGUUCCACCGAUUAUAUGAUUGAAUCGUUAAAACUGGCGAAAUUCUAUCAAGAUCAAAUCACUUCAAUCUACACCUUGAACGAAGCACAAGAACCAAAGUAUCAAACGUUAUCACCAGAAGUUUCAUCAUCCUUACAUCCCAAGCUAAAAGAAGCUAUUCAAUUGAGUAAAAACAUAGAUAUUGAAAAUGGACUUUAUUGUCAUCAAGCAAUGGCUCUAGAAACCUUACUAUCACCAUCCUCACCCGAUUCACAUGUUAUUGUAAGCACACCUACUGCAUCGGGUAAAUCAUUAAUCUAUCAAAUUCCAGUUCUAAACUCAAUACUAUGGGAUAUCACUUAUGGGUUAAAAGGAAGACAUAGUACUGCCUUUUUUAUAUUUCCAACAAAAGCAUUAGCUCAAGAUCAGAUGAGGCAUAUUAAAGAAUUUAUAAAUUAUAUCCCGGGGAAUAUUGAUAAUCCAAUCAUUGUAAAUACUUAUGAUGGAGAUACUCCAUUUACUGAACGUAUUCGAAUCCUGAAAGAAUCUCAUAUUCUUUUCACUAAUCCAGAUACAAUACAUGCGUCUAUCCUUCCAAAUAAUCAUUUUGAAUCUUGGAGACAAUUUCUUCAAUCUUUGAAAUUUGUCGUUAUGGAUGAACUACAUAUAUAUAAAGGUACAUUUGGGAUUAAUGUAAGUUAUGUCAUGAGUCGACUAUUACGGAUCAAACAUCAUUUGUGCCCGCUGGAACCCAAUGCCCGAUUCAUUUCAUGUUCAGCAACAAUUGAAAACCCAAUUACUCAUUUCAAGGCAGUUUGCAGUCUCUCAAACAUCGAAAACAUCAUUCACAUCAAUCAAGAUGGAAGUCCUCAUUGUGAAAAGAAAUUGCUUGUUUGGAAUCCACCCGAACUAAUGAAUAAACGAGGUCAAAAGAACGCUAACAAUGGAAAUGAUCAAGUUGUGCCCCGGGUAGGUAUGAUUUCGGAACUGGCGCGAGUCUUGGUAAAUUUAUUAAAUUCGAUCCCAGGGAUUAAAGCAAUAGUAUUCUGUCCAAUUAGAGUAGUUUGUGAAAUGUUAAUGAAAGAAAUUAGAUAUUUACUCCAAAAUGAAUUCCCCAACUCAAACAUUGAUCAAAGUGAUGUCAUGGCAUAUCGUGGAGGAUAUAGUAAAUCUGAUCGAAGAAUCAUUGAACAAAAAAUGUUUAGUGGACAACUUCGAGCAAUCAUUGCUACAAAUGCGUUAGAAUUAGGUAUUGAUUUGUCUGAUUUGGAUGUGGUUAUAACUUGCGGAUUCCCCAUGCUGAAACUGAACCUUCAUCAACAAUUUGGAAGGGCUGGACGAGGUAAUUCAUCUAAAGGAAGUUUAGCUAUUUAUGUUCCAGGAAGAAACCCUGUUGAUCAAUAUUAUUUAGAAAAUUCUUAUGAAUUAUGUCAACGUCAUUAUGAGGAUUUAUGUGUUCAAGGAUUACGUGAUAUGGAUUGUAGUCUGUUGAUUAUGGAACAACAUCUCCAAUGUGCUGCCUAUGAACUUCCAAUCGAUUUAGAUGCUGACAGAAGAUGGUUUUCUUCUGAAUUAUCAUUUAAUGCAUAUACCAAAACCCUCAAGGAUCAUUUAUUAUUCGAUAUUGAUGGGAAAUAUAAACCCAAUCCUAAUUAUUUACCAAAACCACAUAGUCUGGUCAAUAUUCGAGUAAUUGAAGAAACACAAUUCGCAGUAGUUGAUAUCACAAACAAUCGAAAUAUUGUCAUUGAAGAAGUAGAAGCCCUGAGAACAAGCUUUACUCUUUACGAAGGUGGGAUUUUCUUACAUCAAGGACAACCAUAUCUUGUCAAAGAAUUUAAUCAUAAAGACCAUUAUGCUAAAGUUGAACGGGUGAAUGUUGAUUGGACAACUCUGCAACGUGAUUUUACUGAUAUUGAUCCAUUAGAAGUCGAGGCUGUAAAACCAUUAUUCCCAUUACAGGCUUCAAAACCGUUGGAUAUUCCGAUUUUCUUUGGCAAAAUCAAAAUUACCAUGAUUGUAUUUGGAUUUUUCAAAGUUAAUAGAAGAGAAGAAAUAAUUGAAGUUGUUGAAGUCAAAAAUCCUCCUGUAGUUAUGCACUCGAAAGGAUUCUGGAUCAAUAUCCCUAAACGAGCCCUUGAAAUCAUUACAGAGAAGAGUUUAUCCGCCGCUGGAGGUGUUCAUGCUGCCGAACAUGCUAUUAUGAACAUGCUUCCCGUAUUCAUCAAUGGAAAUUCUUCCAAACAAACAACAUCAUCAAAUGCGUUCUCGUUGGAACUUUCAACUGAAUGCAAAGCUCCAGAAAAGGAAUUUUCCGGUCGAGAAACUUCAAGAAAACGUCCCGCAAGAUUAAUCUUUUAUGACACCAAGGGUGGGAAAUUAGGAACAGGAAUAGGAUAUAAGGCGUUUGAAUGUAUGGAUGAAAUCUUGGAUGUUACUUUUAAAAGAGUUCGGGAUUGUGAAUGUGAUUGGGGAUGUCCGUUAUGUGUGGUGGGCGAAUGUAGGGAGAAUAUGACAGUAAUGUCUAAACCAGCCGCUAUUAUCAUUCUUGGAUCACUUCUAGGUGUCGAUUUGGAGGAAUUAAGUGAACAAAUACCGGAUGGGCCUGAAAUGAAUAUGCCUGAGGUGAAUACUGAAACUAUAAUUGAAGGGUCUUCUACAGUUAAAUUUUCCCCCAAUGUUAAAAUUUCCAAAGUCAUUAGAAAAAGAAGAUGUUUUACGUAA